GGAUAUUACAACAAUUCAAUGGCUCAUGUUUAGAUGUUGAUGAAUCCUUUGUGGGUGCUUUAAAGGUUGACCCCGGGGCAGGAUCGAAGCCCAUGGUGGUGAAGAUUUAUAAAAAUGAAGUGGAUGAGGAAGUGGUUGUCCGAGAGAUAAGUCUUUUGCAGAAGUUAUCUCAUCCAAACAUUGUAAGGUACCUUGGUAUAUGUGUGAAAGAUGAAAAGCUGUAUCCAAUAUUGGAGUAUGUGAAUGGUGGGUGUGUAGAAGAAUUACUAGCAUGUAAAGAAGUUGCCCUUAGCUGGAAAGAGAAGGUGGACUUGUCCUGUGACAUUAGCCGGGGCAUGGUCUAUUUACACUCUAAAAAUAUCUACCAUCGAGACCUCAACUCCAAGAACUGUCUAAUCCGGGUGACACAUCGAGGCAGGGAAGCUUUGGUAACAGAUUUCGGCCUUGCCCGGGAAGUGGUGGAGCCAGCCCUGAAGAAUGGUGAAAGGAAACUUUCUCUGGUGGGAUCUGCUUUCUGGAUGGCUCCCGAAAUGUUGCGUGGAGAACCCUAUGAUCGAAAGGUUGACGUUUUCUCUUUUGGGAUCGUAUUAUGUGAAAUCCUUGGCCGAAUUCCCGCUGAUCCGGAGAUUCUGCCACGAACUCGGGAUUACGGUCUAGAUGUGGUUGCUUUCCAAGAGCUGAUUAAGGAUUGUCCUAAAAGAGUCCUGGAUUUAGCCGUCAGCUGUUGUCGGCUUGAGGCCUUUAAGAGACCGUCAUUCAGUGAAGUCCUUGAUGAGCUUGAAGACAUUGCAGAGGCUUUAGAAUCACAGACAAUACUUCAAGAUUCUGGCUGAGGUUUAAUCGCUGGACUCUCUCUCACUUGUAAAUAAAUGUACAAACCCCUCCAGGUUAAAGGACAGAUUUUUUUCGGGGGGGAAAUGUGUAUAAAUAAGAAUACAGAACCUGGUAUUUAUUGAA